GUCAUCUUCAGUUACUAUACUUCUAUUUUUCACGUACACAAAUGGAAGUUCAUCGGUGCCGUUUCGUUGAAUAUCAGCCAGCAGCUAUUAAUGCGCUCGAUUUCACACCGUCAACAGUAAAGCGAAUCAGACUGGCCGUAGGCCGAGCGAACGGCAAUAUUGAAAUAUGGGAUCCUACGCAUAACUAUCGACUAGAAAAGACGCUUCCAGGAGGCCAAGAUCUCUCCAUUGAAAGUCUUGUUUGGGCUCACCAAAAUGUUUUAACGGAUAUUGAUGAGGAUAGUACACCUGAGGAAGUAGCAAAGGAGUUAGAAGAAUUAUUAGAACAACCUCCACGUUUGUUUUCUUCAGGACUGAAUCCAUACAUUACAGAAUGGGAUACAACAACCAUGACGAUUAAGAAAACCUGCGAUUCUAAUGGUGGUGCAGUGUGGUGUUUAGCUGUCAACAGUAAAGGUACGCGAUUAGCAGCAGGCUGUGAAGACGGAUGUAUUCGUAUGUUCGAUAUCUCAGACGGACGCCUUGAAUAUUUGCGCAGCUUUGAACCACAAAAGGGCCGAGUACUAUCAGUCGCAUGGGCACCUAAUGAUGAAUAUAUUGUCUCUGGUGGGUCAGAUUCUGCUAUUCGAACAUGGAAUCCUGCCACUGGCAAAACAAUUCAUCGAAUGGUGGUUGACAAAAAUCCAAAGGAGCAGACUUUAGUAUGGGCAGUAGCUGCUGCUUUAGGAAACACAAUUAUUUCUGGUGAUUCCAGAGGCGCAGUGACAUUUUGGGAUAGCAAGCUAGGAACUAUGAAGCAAAGUAUUAGGGCGCAUGGUGCUGAUAUAUUGUGUAUUGCAGUAUCAAAAGACGGCAAACAAGUAUUCACAGCUGGUGUUGAUCGUAAGAUAACAACUUUUAGACGAACAACAAAAAAAUCAAAGGAAAAUAAUGUCACUCAGUGGAUAAAUGUGGGCAGCCGUAGAUACCAUUGGCACGAUAUUCGGGCACUUGCUUUAGAUGAAAGGCCGCACAUCAAUUCAAUUGUCUCAGGAGGUGUGGACGUUGAAUUGGUUGCAUGUCCAGCCGCAGAAUUUCCCAAGCUGAUUCAAAACAGAUUGCCACCUUUUCCAGAAAAAUACAUCAUCUCUUUGUCAAAAUCACAUCAGUUGGUCAUGGCAACCUUAUUCAAUUCACUGUCUAUUUGGAGACUAGGUAAAGCACAAAACUUGGAUUUCUCAUCAAAGACACCUGCUCUUCCAGAAAUGGUUCAACCACAUCAACUUGUUUUGGAACUUAAGUUAAAGGCAGACUGUAAUAUCACCUCAAGUGCUUUAUCAGAGAAUGCUCAGUGGAUUGCAGUGGCUGAUGUUGAGCAAGUGAGACUCUUUAGAGUAGAAACGGAUGAGGAAACAGGCAAAUUAGAAGUCAAGAAGCAGCGUGCGUUUGAAAAAGAGUUGAAUAUGUAUUUAAAUGAGCAUGGAGCAGCAGCUGGUGCUCAUCAUGUCAGAUUCACCCCAGGUUCAGACAAGUUGAUAAUUGUUACUGCUGAAUCACGCAUAUUGUUGGUUGACCUCACCAGUUGGUCAAUUGAAAAGUAUCCUGUGUUGGUCGAAUUUGAACAUCAUAGAGGCCUGGAUAGUGACGGCAACAGCGCUGACGAUCAUGCAGUGGCAACUGUAACAUCUAUUGAUAUUAGCUCAGAUGGACAAUGGCUAGUGACUGGCGAUGAUAAUAAUCGUAUUCAUGUGUUUAAUCUUCAGCUUCCACAAGGCAAUAUACCUCAUACAGCUUUGUCUUUUAAUCAAUUCAGACCCAAUGAACUUUUCGUUGCAUUGGCAACCAAUGCAUUCUACAUUUACGAUGUCGAACAUAAGAAGCUCACAAGUUGGUCAAAUAUACACAAAGACAUGUCUCACUGUAGACUUUUGGAACAAAGAGAUCGCAUUCGAGGUGUUGCAUACAACCCAGCACAUGAAAACAAGAUGAUCAUCUACGGUAGCACCUAUAUGUGUCUUGCUGACGUAGAGUAUAAACCAGUACCAAGCAAGCUAGGCAAACGAAAACAAGAAGAAACGCCCUCUAUAAAGAAAGAAGAUGCACUGGCGUUCCCAAUUUCUCAUCAGUAUCAGCAAAUACUCUACUGUGGUUUCAUUGCAAAGGAUCAAAUGGUAAUGAUUGAGAGACCUAAGUUCAGUGUCUUGGAAAACCUGCCACCUUCAUUCUACAAAGCACAUUUCGGUGGCGCUUAAUUUGUGUAUUAUAAUAAAAUAUAUAUAGAUUUUCCUUUCCUUCUCUCUCUCUCACUCUCUUUUUAUAGAUUGAGUUGUUCAAUAAAUGAUUUAUCUGCAUGUUCAAAUGCUGUCUUUCCUUCGGCAUCUUUUGAAUCCCGGUUGCAUCCCUUUUCAAUCAGUAAUUUGGCUACUUCCAAUUGCUCUGAUAUACAUGCUAAAUGCAAUGGUGUUUCUUGAUCAUCAGAUUGAAUAUUAAUAUCUGCUCCAGCAUCAAUUAAAUGUUUGACUAUAUCCAAGUAGCCUCUGUCAGCUGCAUAAUGAAGAACAGAUAAACCCUAAUGAAUGUAUUACUUUCUUUUUCUACUAUUGAUUUUUUUUUCCAUUUA